AUGGCAGACUUGAAAGAGCCAGCACAUGGGAACCUUUGGCCCAACUAUGGUGCCCCGGUGCAUCAGUUGCCAGCUCGAUUCAACAGCAGCCUCGAUCCGGGAUUGUCAAGUCACUCAACCACGCCGACGCAUCCAGCACGACCACGUAACGGCCUUCCUCCAGCGGACAGCACGGGAUAUCCAUACAAUCGAUAUGCACACGACGAGUCGGAUACUUACGAUAGACCCCAUCAUGCUAAUCUGUCCUCCCAGCACGGCUACCACGAAAGCCUAAAGCGUCCAUAUUCGCACGUGGAGCAGCCGCCGUACCAGGAAAUCGUCCAGGAUCUCAGACAUGAUGGGUCGAAAAUGACCGUGAACCACGACCAUAAACUCUUGUCCUUCAAAAAGGUUCCGGACAAGCACACCAUAGUCGACCAGCAUGGUCGCAUACAGCAACUCGAACUCUCUGCUCAGCUUCACGGCAUGUUCUUUCUGUCUGAGAUGCCUUCCAGUACUAGCGAUGGGACGGUCCUCCAACCGGAGCUGACUUGCUACCGACGAAACCUCUUCCAGAUCAGCGGUUCGCUGAUUACUUCCCGGAGUCCGCUGUCCGUUAUCACUGAAGCGGGCGAAACUGUGCCCGUCAGUAGUACCGAGGUGACCGUCUCCGCAAUGGAAUCGGUGGACGGCCACCCCGUGCGGCUGAUCGUCAUCCCUUGGAAGACCCCGCCACCGAACUCGUCCGAGGUCACCCAGGGCCCGGACCAGGAGCCUCCAUCACUUCCCUUGAUACCUUUCCAGGAGGACGGCACAGAAACGGAAGGAGAAUACGCAGUAUACCCAAUCGGAUGGAGACGGCUGCAGUUUCGAAUUGCGACGGCGAAUAACGGUCGACGGAAGGAGCUCCAGCAACAUUUCGUCUUGCACCUGAAAGUUGUUGGCACCUUGACCAACGGUAGCAAAGCUGUCCUCGCAGAAGCGAUUACGGCUCCCAUUGUAGUGAGAGGAAGAAGCCCGCGAAACUUCCAGGCAAGAAAAGAGAUCCCGCUCCUAGGAUCGAGCGCUGGGUCGAGGGGACAAGCCUUGGUAGAGACGGGGGUCGGAGUCGUUGCUGGGCCACUAACGGUGAAGCCUCACGAGGCCAAGGCGAGAGGCCUAGACAUACAAGUGCCGCGGGGAGCUUUCACUUUCACCAGCGGCGGCCCAAGGAUGCCCAGUACCCAGCUGGGACCUGUUCGACAAAGCUCAUACUCGAACUGGGCGCCAGCAACCAUUAUGCCGUUGCCUCAGAACACGACGCCCGCCACCGCCAACUAUCCCCCGACAACAAUGCCAGGCGAGCAUUAUCCCAAGGCACCCAUAUCUAGCGCGCCAGUGUUUGGCGCAGACUCACAAGAUAUUCCUCUCUCGGCCGGCGGGGCGCCAGUUCAGGUGCCCAUGGCGUCGAACGAAGCUCCUAGACAACCACAGCCAGUAGCCCGCACGUCGUAUUCGUAUGCUCAGUCGACAACGGGGCCCCCGCCCCUGUCUUUGUCAACGACGACAGAUGCAGCAGCAAGCAUCCCGAGAUAUGUCGACACCAAUCCUCGUCCGACGAAGAGUCCUCGUCAUGGGAGCCACCCCUCCAUCAACAGUACUAGCUCCAUGGGGAAUAAUGAUGGGUCUUCCGAAUAUCGAUACAGCUCGUCGUACCCGCCUGUGAACCAAAACACCAGCGAGAUGCCGGUGCCGAAUUAUGGGACGGAUGCUCCCUCGGGAACGAACCCUACUCCGCCACGGGAAUACUACGCACCUGCAACCGGAUGGACGACGUCAGCAGGAGAACCAACCUCAACCAUGGCGUAUGCCAAUGAGAGCAGGUCCUACACGUCUCCAGGGCAGUACAAGAGCAGUACCGCCGUCGCUCCGGCGAAGAGCGAACCCUUGGGGGCGACUACAGGUCCAUCCGCAGUCUAUAAUGGCCCACAACGAGGAUCAUUCGACGCGAUGAACCAUUAUUCUUGGCAUGCCGUUUGA